AUGUCACGGAAUAAUACAAAAAAUCAUAGAUUCGUUCAGUAUAUGACUCCCAAUCUGUUGAUGAAAAAGACUAAAUCAGAAGAACCAGUUCGUGUUUUCGCUGUCAACCUUUCUGGAAAGAAUAGUGAUUACAAAAUUGAAAUUAUUGAAAACUUGGAACAGUUUUCGGAAUUAAAACAGCUGAAUUUAUCGUAUAACCGUAUCUACAAAAUUAAUGGGUUAUCAAGUUUGUGCCACCUCACUUCGUUGAAUAUUUCACAUAAUUCCAUUAAAUCUCUGGAUGGGAUUCAGUCUUUGUCUAAUUUAUUGGUACUGAAAGCUAACGAUAACCAAAUAACAUCGAUCCCAAAGUGGUUGUGCAAGCGGCUUCCAAAAUUGAAGACUAUCCAUCUGCACUGCAAUCGAAUCGACUCCCUCCAUCAAAUAACAUAUAUGCGAUCUUUAUCGAACCUAACAGUUUUCACAUUCGAAGGCAAUCCAGCAGUUGACCAACUAAUAGUCAGUGCUUAUAACAGUUGUAGCAGUGGUGAUGAAGCCGUACUAAAGAAUGCUAUUGAUAAAUUCGAUCCUAAUUCAGUUUAUCGAAUCUUCGUUAUAUUUCACUUAAACUCGCUCAUAUUGCUUGACAACAAGGAAGUUCUUCCAUUUGAAAGACAAGUGGCUGAACAACGGUUUUCCCAAGUCGAAGUAUCUAGGUAUUUAGAGAAGUUGGAUAAGUGCGAAAAUCGUUUGAAUGAAGUAGAAAAUAAGAAAUCUUCACUGGAAAAGGACUUACUUAACCAUCAGUCUAAGUUAAAUGAAGCUUUGCAAAAAAGGAAUUUGGAAAGCGAAUUAAUAUCUCAUUUAGAAGAAGAGUUGCGUGCCAAAGACAAAUUACUUCAUUCCAAAUCACAAGAACUAGCUCGUGCAUGCUUAAAACACUUUGAAUUGGAACAAGAAUUAGCUUUUCAUAAAAUUGAUGAGAAGUUGAGUUUAGCUGAUUUAUGUCUACCGAAACAAAACAAUUCAUCUAAUAUAUAUCAAAUUCAAGAUACUGGUGAUCAACCAUACCUGGGUAAAUGUAUGUUUAGUCAUAAACCAAUCAACAGAUCAUCAAUCAGUCAUCUAACCAGUAAACAGUCAUCUGAGGAUUUUUCAACUUCGAUAAAACAACAUAGAUAUUCACUUGAUCAACUUGUACAAAACAAAAUGCAUCCAUCUAUAGAUUACAAUAAUGUAUGUGUUCCUCAAGAUGAUGAUUUGAAGUCAAAUAAGCCAAAAAAUGAAAAUAUUACACUUUUGUCUUCCACUCAUGCUAUAUCGCCAGUUAAAGUGAAACAAGAGUGUGGAAAUGAGUCUACAUAUAACGAGGCUAAUCACAAUCAGUUGAUUCGACCGAAUUCUGCACCUGAUCGUUCUGUUGUCAUUCCAUCUCCAGUAAAUGCAUUUCACUCUGAUAAAUUACAUAAAUUUUCAACUGCUGAUAAAUCUGUUAACAAUGAAAAGUCGUCUGAAUUAUUAAUGAAGAAGAAAGAAAACGUGGAAUUAAUAGCAGGAGAAGGUGGCAAAAGUGAAGGCGACAAAGUCGAAGUAAAGGAAAUCAAAAAGUCAUCAUCACAGACAAAAGAUAAACCUUCCUCCUAUGAACCAUUUAAUAAAUAUUUGGAUAUAAAACAAGUUCAACUGGCAUUAUCAAAGCUACAGUCUGAACUAACAGAACUUAGAAUAAAAGAAGCCAAUAUGUCAAAAGAUGAUGAUGAUGAUGAUAAUAUUAUUAACAAAGAUAACAGUGUUGAUCCUUCGGACACUCAUAAUUCUAAUAGAAUUGAACUGAAUAAUCGUGUACAAUUGCUGGAAAAUGAAUUAAGUAAAAUGUGGAGGAUGACCAGUUUAUUGAAAUCGCAACCUAAUGAUAUUGGAUCAGAUGGUCAAAAUACUAUUACAAAUAUCUGUUUAAACUCUUUUGUCACUUUUCCGAGAGCAUUUUCAAAGGAAAUGAAACAGAAUUCACCACAUCGACAACGUGAACGGAGUUUUAGUCUUCCAAAUAAAGAUAUUGAUCUUAAACAAAUCGUAUCUGGAAAUAAUUUCACUCAUGGAAAUGGAACAACAAGUGCAGGUUCUGAAUUUGGUUCCUGUGAAGAGUUUGUUGAUAGUCCUCGUAGGCUGGAUCAUUCACAAAGGAAAACGAAUCACCAUCAAUCUAGAUUAUCUCGUGACAAUACUCAACGUUCAAUAACACCGUCAACGCCUAGUUCUCGAACUACAGGAACUGGUCGCAGCGCUUUAUUAUCUAUGCUAACUCCUCGUACAAAUGAUACAAAUGAUUUAAAUAAAUCUCUUCCCUCAGGUAAUGAAUGGAAUACAGUGACUCAAUCGAAUGGCAAUCCUUUUAAUGAAAUUCGGGAACCUAUGAAUAGUUGUCUACCAUGUGGAUCAUCUACACCAGUGGUUAUGCAUAAUGUUAAGGCUAAAAUACCCAAUAUGCUUAAUUUCCCGCGUGGUACAGGUGUCGGUGGUGCAGUUCCUCCUCCUCCCCCUCCUCCUGCUACUACUACUGGUCUUCCUUCUUCAACUACUCAACCAUUAUUUGAUUCAUUUCACUCUAAUUCAUUUAUUGAAAAUAUAAAUGAGGAUGUCGUCGACAGAAAUUUUAUUCAACAAACAAAUUCUAAUAAUCCACAGUCAGAAAAUCUACACAGACGUAAACUCAGCAACUCCAGAAAACAUCACAUUUCUAGACUACCUAAACCUACGCCUAGUCGUAGGCUUUCUCAUGGUUCAGAUGCUGUACACUCUAGUGAUCAAAUGUAUACCACACAUCAUAGAAAAAGUAAAACAUCAGUUUCAAAAUGUAGAUCACGUCAAGAUUACUCUUUAGUAAGAUCUCUUUUCAAUUCUAAAGGUGCAAGAAGAAAGCAUAAAUUACCACGAUCUCGUAGUGGUUCACACAAAUCUGAACAAACUGUAACCGAUUCAAAUUAUUCAAGUCAGAAUCAUAGUCUGAGUGAUCAUGCUGAAGAACUUCUGAAUUUGAUUGUUAUGUCGCGUGAUGCAUGCUCAGUUGAAGUCAAUCGUAUACGAGCUGAUUUAGCAAGAUUGCGUAAAGCUAAUUCAAGAGGAAUUGAUCGUCUAGGUCAGUCCAAAUCAAAUACUACUGAAAAUGUCUAUGCUGAUCGUCUUCGCCAGAUGCGAAAUCAUACUGAUUCACUGAAAACUAGAUAUUCACCGGCUGGAGAUGAUAAUAACGAUUGUACGUAUACAGAAAUUCAACAGCCUACAAAUUAUAAAAUACAAUCACAACGUACAAAUUAUUAUCAACAGAAUUUAAUUGAAAAUAAUCAUGAAAAGAAUUUCAGUCCAAAUCGUAUACAGUCUAAACGUCAAACCCGUAGAUUACUUCCACACACUAAAUCAUUCGAUGACGGUGAUGAUUACGAUGUUGAUGAUGUUGAUAAUGAUUAUAAUGAAUUGAAAAUAAAUGAUAAUCACAUAGAUAAUAAUAAUAAUAGUAAUAAUGAUAAUAAUGGAUAUAUUGACGGUGAUGUUUAUGAUGAACAAAUGAAUUAUCCUUAUCGUUGUGGUGGUGAUUAUAAACGGGAGUAUGAACAGAUUGAUCCUGUGGAACAUUGGUCAAAUGGAGUAAUUGAAUCAAAUUGGAAUACAGAGCACAAAACUUCGUCAAACCGAAGAACAACAUCUCAGCACAGAAAUUUAUUGACCGGUAGACGUCCAAGAACAAGAUCAAUACCUCGUCAUCCUCCAGUCAGCACUAAUUAUUCACCAUGUCGAAGGCUUAAUUACGAGCGAAGAUGUUCUCGUGGGCAUUCAUUGGACUAUACUCGCCUAUAUCCUAAGCGACCGUUAGUACGCAACUCUGCAACGAGUUUACUGAACAAUUUAGAAUAUCAUGAUAGUGAUCCAACCUCAGAGACUGCAGCUUUAAUUCACCUAACCGAUGAACUACUUGGAUUACGUCAAGGUUUGAAGCGAACACGUGAAGCUAAUUCAGAAAGACUUGAAGUUGCUUUAAGGCAUAUUUCACUACUUGAAUUAGAGUUACAACGUCAACGUUGCCUGAAUCAUGAUGCUGAAUUAGCUAGACAACAUGAGAUUGAACGUUCUCGGUGGGAAAAGCGUUUAGCAGCAACACUUGGUGAAUUAAGGUAUUGUCAAACAAAUAUUGGUAAACUUCGAGAACAAGUUGAUCAACUAGAAGCAUCAAGAAAACUUUCAGAUCAGUCUGAACAAAAAUUAGAACGUCAACAAAUGGAAUUAGAUCAAACAAAAGCAACUUUAGAUGCACAAAAAGAAGCGAUAAUCACCUUGAAUAAUCUACUCAAUUCAUUAUUAGGUCUUAAUCCAAACGAUGUAUCCCCGAGUGACUUGGAAAGAUUACAAGUUGGUUUGCUUGACUUACAGAAACGUAUGCAACCGGAUUCUUCUAACCAGUAUUCAAAUCAACACCAACAGCAAGUACCAAUUGCAUUCCCUCGUCAAACUCUUCAUCGUGCUCAAUCUCUAAUGACUGGUCUUACUGCACCUGGAAAUGAACAUAUAAACAGAGUGGAUUGGUUGAAUCCACCAAAUGUUAUACCAACUCCUGUAAUUCAAUCUACAGGUGUAAAUCAUCAACUAUAUUGUAAUGUACCUGAACAUCAUGAUUUAGAAGAUUGUCUUGGUCAAUUACAAUACAGGAUAGAAGAGUUAUCUGGUCAACAGGAUAGUACUCAGAAUAAGCUACGACAUGGUAUGAAGAUACGUAAGAAAUUAGAGACUCAGUUAGAGGAACAAGAUUCUGUGUUAGGUCGAUUAAAAUCUGAACUAUUAUCCUGUCAAGAAGAUUUAAAGGCUGCAAAACAAGAAGUUACACGUUUAUCAUCUGAAAAAGAAGCUGCACAAAAGUCAAAACAGGAAAAUUUGACCAGUAUGGUUGCCGAUCUAGCCACCUUGGAAGCUACAGUUAACCAACGUCGUACGGAACUUAGCACACUAGAAUCUAAUAUACAAGAUUCAGACCAACAGCUUUCAAUGCUUAAAGCGCAGGCAAAGGAAACCGUUUCAAAGUAUGAAGAAACUAAACGUGAAUAUGAUACUUUAAAGUCUCAGUUGGAUAUGAUACGCUCAGAGAAAUCGCUGGCUGAUGAAAACUUGGAACAAUUACGUAUCAAACUAUCAAAAACUAAUCUUCAAGUUGAACAAUUGGAAUCUGAUAAAUCAAGUCUUGAGAAGCAACUGAUACAACUAGAAGAUGCUGUCAACACAAAGAAACUGGAGUAUAAUCAACUAUUACCUAAUUUAAGUGAACUAGAGACAAGAUUGACUCGUACUCAGCAUGAUAUUCAAAUCGGCGCUGAACGUAUUCGCAGUGAUCAUCAGUUAAGAUUAGAAGAUGAAAAAUUAUCAGCUAUCCGUCAGGCUGAAUUAACUCGAUUAGCUAGACAGUCAUCUACUGGGGCACCUUAUUCUCAGAUUGAAGAAGAUAAACUUCGUUUAGAAGUGAUUGCUCAAGAAACCGAAACAAAGAAGACUGAAUUAGAAGUUAUCAAGGCUGAAAAACGACGUGAAUUAGAAAAUUGCAAUUCUAAUGUACGAGAGUUGGCUAAUCAAACUGCAAAUAAACAACGUGAAUUAAAUGAAACACAGGCGUCAUUAAAUGCUUCUCUUGAUGAAAAAGAACGUAUUUUACAGUCAGUUAAAGCACUUCGUUUAGAACGUGACAAUAUACGCAUGGAAUUAGAACGUGAACAAAAGUCUGUCUCCGAAUUAACUGCGUUAGUUACUCGACAAAAGCGUGAAUAUGAACAUCUCACAGAAAUGUCGCAUUUAGAAGAAUCAAGAUUAUUGAACUUAAGUUCACAACAACGUGAUUUAAUUAAUCAAUUAGAAAAACUUCAAACACAAUUAAAUGAAGAAAAUGAAGAAUUACGUGAACGAGAAGUAGCAAAGAUUAAAAAGAAUACAGAAUAUGAGAAUGUUCGUAAAGAUGUUGUUCGUGAACAAGCUGAUUUAGAGCAUAUUCGUAAAGAGAAAGAACAAGUAGAACUGGAAUUAACUCAUCUACGACAUGAACGUGAUAUAACAGUAUCUCAAUGGAAUAGUUUUCAAUCGAAAGUAAAAGAAUUAGAAGUUCAACAAACUCUACUGAAAGAUUCAAUUGCUGAAUCACAAUUAAUGUUAGCACGAAUUAAAGCUGAAUCUGAAGCAGCAUCAGAGGAACUUUGUCAAAAGAAUAUUGAACGGAAUGCAGCAUUAGCGGAUUGUGAUAGAAUAUUUAAACAGACAACUGAUAGUCGUGAUGAAUUCAAUAUUGCACAACAACGUCUACAGAAAGCUAAUGAAUUAAAACAAUCUAUAGAAUCUAGCUUGAAUGAACAACGUCGCCAGCGUGUUCUUCUGUCAGAUGAAUUAAGUCAUUUAGAAGAAGCAGUUCAUGCUGGUAGAUUAGCUAAACAAUUAGCUGAUGAAAAUAAACUGGCAAGUGAAGAUUCACUUAGAAAUGUGAUGAAUAAAUUGAAUAAAAUACAAAAUGAAAAGAAAAUUAUUGAAGAGAAUACUCCACGGCAUUCUUUAUCAGAUAAUCGUGUUGAAUUGAAUAACUUACGAAUCUCAAAAGACAGUGAACAAUGUCGCUUAGACGAGCGCCUUCGUAAUACACGUCAACAUUUAGAAUCUGUUGAAUUGGAACUGUCAAAAAAGUCAUCUAAAUUGAAUGAAGUGAAUGAAAGGUUGAAUAUCCUCCAGAAUGAAUUGAACAGCAAAGAGUUAGCGAAAAGUAAAUACGAAGAAAUGGAAAAGGAGCUGGAGGAAUUAAAACGACAACAACAGGAACAACAAAAAUCUCCAACGGGAAACCAUAAUGUAAAUAAACAGAUUUCCCAUAAUCAUCGAUACAAUGACCUGGACUUGAACAGUUCCCUUAAACUACAAGAUAAUAAUAAUCUAUUACAAGUACUAAUGGAUACUAAAUCAGCAUUGAUAGCUGCUCAACGUGAAUCAAAACGCUUGAAAAGGCGUACAGCUCGUGAAGUAGCUGAAUUAGAACGUGUCGCUGAAGAACAGUGUAAUCGUGCUGGUGAUUUAACUGAACAAUUAUCUUUAGCUAGACGUCAAUAUGCUCAAUUAAAAAGUCAAAUUACCACUUAUGGAAUUCUUAUGGAUGAAGUGAUUACGAUUGCCUCUCAGACAGAAUUAACUGAACAUGGGAAACGAUUAGAAGCUGCUCUGUCAGCAGUUCGAGCUGAAUUAGAACAACACAAUGUGGUGAAUACACUGAUUGAUGAAAGUGGUGGUAGUGCAUCUACAAUUUUCGGUCAACGAAUUAAUGAAGUAUUGAAUGCUGAACCAGAUUCAAGAAUCUCACAAGAUCGUUUGUUAAGUGAUGCAAGAAUUCAGGAGAUCUCUGGUCAUAAUUAUCCAUCUAAUGGAAUAGAAAAAUCUUUGCUACUGUUAACAAAUUCAUUUCAUGAAUUAAAUCAUUCCCCGAGUAAUUUACACAGUAUUCAGUCAUUAAAUGAUUCAUUGAACGGAUCAUCAUCAUAUAAGAAGUUAAAUCAUUUCUCACCAAUUGUAUAUUCUAAUAAUGAUGCAGGGCCUAUGGAUGAACCUGGUACAAAUUAUACCACUUCUGGAUUAGGUUCUAGUUUAAAUCCUGGUACUCAAGCUGACAGUAAUGGAAGUGCUCAAGAGAAUUCAGCUAUUUUAUCACCAUCUACACCGGUUUCUACAAAACCAAUUGGAAAUGAAUGGAAGCAGAAAGUAGGUAUCCCUGCAGGACGACAACGAUCUCACAUUGAUUCAGAAUCACCAAUAACUUCAGGCUCUGUACAUCAAUCUCAUACACCAAGACACUCCAAAUCUGGACGUAUACGUUCCAGACCUAAUUAAUAGAUACUUAACAACUCAAGCAACUUAGUUCUUAUUCAGAGAAAGAAACCUUUGAUAGGAUAACCGAGCAUCAAUCAAUCAAUCAAACAAACAAACAAAAGAAAAAAAACUAAAAUGUAGAAAAUCUUCUACAACUUUUUUUUCUCCUAAAAACAUCUUUCCUAUUUACAGAAAGGAAAAGAUUAUUUACGUCUUCCAUGAUGAUGAUGAUAAUGUUGAAUGCUUUGAUGGUCCACUUUCCAACAAAUUCCUUUAAUAUUUCUUAUAUCCUAAACAGUUUAAUAUGACAAUUAUUUGAAUAUUGAAGAUAUAAACAUUUAGUGUGUAUAAUUUUUAAAUAUUG